AUGACACCAACCACGCCACGAUCACAUUCCACUCGGAAGUAUGCCGAGCCUACCAUCCAGAUUCUUGUUGGUGAUCGACAAGAGCCAUUCCAUGUCCACUACUCUUUCCUAGAGAAGACGCACUUCUUCCAGAUUCAUGGCUACCCAGCUAUACAGCAGCCUUCUUCACCACCAACAUCAGAAAUUUCACCUACGCGUAGUGAAAAUACGGUGAUUACAGAUGAGGUCGAGAUCAAAGAAGAAUUCAAUGAAGAUGAACAUGUCGAAAACAACCAAGUGGCAUCGCACAUUCCGGCACCGGUGACGAGUACAUCUUAUGCGCUGAAAGGGAUAAUCUACGAACCGGAAGCCUUUGAGAUCGUCGUGAACUCUCUAUACCACGUGUCACCCAAAACACCAUCUCACCGGUCUGGGCUACGGGAUUUCCGCAAGGCAUACUGUUUGGCAUUACAGUACCGCAUGCAGCAACUCCAGGAUGAUAUUGUCGACUGCUUCCGAAACUUUCACGCUAUCUACAAUGUACACUUUGACGACCUUCUCUGGCUCGCAAGGCGCAUCAGUGGCGAUGAAGCCGUUGUCUGUCAGGUACCUAUCAUCCAGUAUUUGAUUGAGCAGUGUGCCUACGAGAUCUACCGCGAAGGGUACGACUCCUUUCAGCGCCACAACCCGGGCUUCCAAGGUUUUCUCAUGCAUGGAAACAGCUCUCUCAGGGUUGAACUCUUCAAGGCGAUGACCAGAAUUGCUAUGGCGGAUCAUGCACCAGAUCCUGCGCUUGGAAUCAAUCAGUGGAAGGUCACAGAUUGGCCUCAAUACGAUCCGAACGCAUGUACGGAGGCUCGGGUUGAGGUUGUUAAUCUUGAUGACUAA